CAGAUGAAAUUCCUGCUGCUGCAACAGAAGUAUCUGGAGUAUCUGGAGGAUGGCAAGGUCCUGGAGGCUCUACAGGUCCUCAGAGCCGAACUCACGCCCCUCAAGUAUAACACAGAGCGUAUCCACAUUCUGAGUGGGUACCUGAUGUGCAGUCAUGCGGACGAUCUGAGAGCCAAAGCUGAGUGGGAAGGAAAAGGCCCAGCAUCCAGAACAAAGCUGCUGGACAAACUUCAGACGUCCCUGCCUCCGUCUGUGAUGCUUCCUCCUCACCGCCUGCAGACUCUUCUGAAGCAGGCCAUGGAGCUACAAAGAGAGCGCUGCCUGUACCACAACACCAAGCUGGACAGUGGACUGGACUCUGUAUCACUGCUGCUGGACCACACCUGUAGCCGGUAA